AUGUGGAAAGACAACACUAUUGAUGCUUCUGCUAAAACAUCUGGAAGUGGUGCUGUAUCCAGAAGCGCAAGUCGCAGGAAAAGGACAAGUUUCUCCAAGGAACACGUUGAGCUUCUGCGAGCUACAUUUGAAACAGACCCUUACCCUGGAAUCAGUCUCAGAGAGAGUCUUUCCCAAACCACAGGUCUGCCAGAGUCUCGCAUACAGGUCUGGUUCCAGAAUAGGAGAGCUCGCACGUUGAAAUGCAAGGGUGGUAAGAAGCCAUUGUGGCAGACCGACCUGCCGGCCUACAACAUGCAGACUUCACCAAUGCAAAUACAUCGGGAAAAUAACGAAUCCACUGGAGGAACUGGAACUUUAUGUUCACCACCGCCUGCAUAUCCAGAUCGUAUAAAGGAAGAAAUGGAAAAAGAUGCAGUGUGCGGAUGUGACACUCCAUCUUCCAUGUCUAUCGGCGACGAUUCUGGCUAUUGCACCCCUUCAUACCAUCAAAGCAGAGCCAUUCAAUCCCAUAUGAGCCCUUCUCCUCUUUUAAGCCCAGAGCAUCAGAUGCCCCCUAAUUGGGGUGUGAGGUACGGCAGGAGGUCUCCUAUGAGCUCCAUGUGGAGUCCAUAUCAUCUGGAAGCAUAUGCCUGCAAUCCAGGAUUUUUUUACUCGCAGUCUGAAAAACACAACACUCUUCAACCCCUGACCCCUGUUACUCCUGACUCGGGCUGCUGGGAGGCUGGUUUGGACGGGACUUCUCCUGUUGACAACCCAGACGUCCCAAGAAUGGAGUGCCAGCAGGAAAGCGGGUCCACCAUGGACCGCUGCCGGAGCUUCCGACACUGUCACUGCAGGAGAUCCUGGGAGAGCUUCAAGGAGACUGGUGGCAGGGUGAAGGACUAA